AUUUGCUAAAAUUGGCGGGGAUAUGCAAAAGUACUACUUACAGUAGUCACGAUUGCGACCAGCGAUAAUGAACCGUUAUUCAACUAAACCCCAUCCUAAGCUUUACAUCCUGGACUUACUUGCAUGAUAACAGAAAAGGAAGGGAAAAUAAUACAACGUCACCAGAGCUACAAGUUGCGCCGAGCCCCCAUUGUCGCAAGGGAAAUAGUUGUAGACUUCGGCGCAAGACUAUCACUGGCUCUCACUGGCUCUCACUGACGUCGUCGCCUAACCUUUUUCUUUAUACUCUUUUCUACCUCUCUAUGGAUUGGGACAGCUCUGACGACAUUGCCAUCGACCACAACACCCAACACUUGAUAUGAUGGAGAACCUCUCUCUACACGACCCACCCGCUCAGCCGGGCAACCUUCAGAUGGGUGGCUCCAUACCUCCUCAGGCUCUAGGACACGGUGCUCCCCCGCCACAGCCGCAACAGCUGCCUCCUCAAAUGUUCACCACAGCUGCACAAUUACUAGACCUCACCGAUAAAAAACUUUUAGUAUGCCUACGGGAUGGUCGAAAGCUUACUGGAGUACUACGAAGUUGGGACCAAUUCGCGAACCUUGUCCUCCAAUCUACAGUCGAGCGCAUAUAUGCCACCACCUCCGACCCCUCUGAAUCUCCACCCAAGGGUCUGUAUGCCGACCAAACUCAUGGUAUCUUCCUCGUUCGCGGAGAAAAUGUACUUCUCCUUGGCGAGAUCGACUUGGACAAGGACGACGAACCACCGCGGGGCUUCGAGAGGGCAGACUUCAACGUCGUGGAGAAGCUGGCAAAAGAACGGAGAGCCGUGGAGAAGGCGAAGGAGAAGAACAAGCUAAAGAAACUUGCCACGCUUGGAUUCGAGGGUGAGAAUCUGGGAGAGAUCCUUCUCUAGACAGCUAACAAGCAGAGCCGGACCGUUGCUCCAGCAUGCAGCAUGCUAAGAGCAAAAAUCGACACCAAGGAAAGUGGCAAGCAUACCUCGAGGUACUUGUCACGGAUAAAGAGACAGAAUAUUGUGAAAUGUCUCUCCUUUAUGAACCCGUUCAGCACGACAUAGAUACACCGACGGUGUCCCCAUAGCCAGAGUUUCCCUACUGAAGCAGCUCAAGGCCGCGAAGCGAUCCAUCAAUAUUACUAGCCCGAUGUAUGUAUAUGGGAUAUAUCAUUCAUACUCGGGCGAUCUCAGAUGCUACAAUCUUGAUUCCGAAUUUCAUAAUUCGAAACCCAACUUGACUAGAGCCUGGUGAUGAUAAGUAGCCUGUUAUUAAUAGAAUAUUGUUGACAGUUUGGA